CGCCGCCUCCUCUGUCUCCUCUGCCACCAGAUGGCUCAUGAUUCUGGAGAACAAUGCCCCACCGGUCUUAAUGAUUGCAGUAAUGGUGAUUUAGACCAAGUCGCAAUUUGCUUUCCGGACGAAUGGAUUCCAAAGGUUGACAUGGAGUUCGAAACAGAGCAGGAGGCAUAUGAUUUUUACAACAGAUACGCAUUUGAGAUGGGAUUCUCAAUCCGAAAGAGCUCCCGACACCUAUUAAGGAAAGGAGGCGAAGUCAAGGACAGAACAUUCUGUUGUUCUCGUGAAGGUAUUCGUGGCAAAGAUCGGCGAAAGGAGAACGUGCAAACUCCUCGUUACGAAACAAGAUGUAAUUGCAACGCAAAGUUGAAGAUAAGCUUGCGGAAUGGUAAAUAUUAUGUUUUUCAAUUCAUACCAGAGCACAAUCAUGAGCUCGCAACACGCACUCAGGUCCAUCGGUUGAGAUCACAUCGGCAUAUUAUUCCUGCUCAGCCAGUCACAACUCUCGGGGUAUCUUCGAAGCCCGCUUUCGAUUUAAUGUCUGCUGAUGUUGACGGCCAUGAAAAUCUCGGCUUCAUCCUUGAUUUCGGAAAUGAUUUGCGGACCGAGCAGUCUAUAACCAUCAAAGGUGGAAAUAGUGGAGGUGUUUUGGAGUAUCUUAAAAAGAUGCAACUUGAAGAUCCAAAAUUCUUUUACUCAGUUCAACUCGACAAGCUGCAUACAACAACAAAUGUCUUUUGGGCAGACUCGAGAAUGAUAGCUGAUUAUGAAAAUUUUGGUGAUGUUGUUUGCUUCGAUAUGACUUACGGAAGAUUGAAUAUUGAUAACGGGCUAUUUGGCCUGCUUCUGGGUGUGAAUAACCACAAACAACUUAUUGUUUUUGGCGCUGCCUUGCUCCAUGAAGAAACAUUUGAGUCAUUUAAAUGGCUGUUUGAUACAUUUUUGAAGGCUAUGUUAGGGAACAAACCAAAAACAGUUUUUACGGAUGAUAAUAUAGCAAUGGCUAAAGCAAUUAAGAUUUGCCUGCCAGAGACAAAUCAUCGUUUAUGUGUGUGGCAGAUUGGUCAGAAUAUUUGCCAGCAGCUCAGUGAAGUUGUUAGAGAUUAUAAAAGUUUUGGUAUUGAUUUUAGUAGUUGUAUUUAUGAUCAUGAUGAAGAAGCGACAUUCCUAGACUCUUGGAAUUCUAUGCUUGUAAAGUAUAAACUUUUUGGAAAUGUUUGUCUUCACAGUUUAUUUGAGAAGAGAGAGCAAUGGGCUUUAGUAUACGAGCGAAAUGUAUUUCAAGCAGGCUUGUGCAGUGCCCAAAGAACUGACACCAUGAUUAAGGAGCUUAAGAAUUCUUUCAACGCAGAUAACGAUAUAUUAGCAUUCUUUCAGCGCCUCGAAAGAUUAGUCCAGGGUAGAAGAUAUGAAGAAUUAAAAGCCGAUAUUGCAGCAAGCCAAAGCAUGCCAAAACUGAAGUUCAAUUUAGAAAUUUUGAAGCAUGCAGCAAGAAUUUACACACCAGUUAUAUUCAAGAUGUUCCAGGAUGAAGUUCUGCAAACAUGGAAUUGCGAUAUGCACUUUUUUGGCGAGAAUGGUUUCAUUAGCACUCACAAGUUGAAAACUCAUGGUAAAAUACAGGAGCACACUGUUAUUUUUGAUUCUUCAAACGUUUCUGUCGAAUGUAGCUGCAAGAAUUUUGAGUUUAUAGGGAUCUUAUGCACUCAUGCUCUCAAAGUACUUGAUUUUAAGAACAUUAGGACGAUUCCUGACUCAUACUUACUAAAGAGGUGGAUGAAGGAUGCCAAGAUGAUGGGUGUAGCAGGUCCUUGUGCUCCAUGUCUGGACCCAAAGAUUGAGUUAAGAAGGCGCUAUAAAGAGCUUUGUCGCCUAUUUAUUCAGGUGGCUGCAAAAGCUGCUGAGACUGAAGAAACCUAUGCUAUUGCAGUAGGCCAGGUUAGUAAACUCUUGCAGGAAGUAGAGAAGAGAUUAAGAAGAAGAUACAAGCCCGAUCCUGAAGGAGAAAAUACUGAACUUAAUGGUCUGGAUGUUGAAUUAGGACAAACCAUGGAGGGUGAUGUAUCAAGCAGAGAACAGAUGCAGACACGAAAAUUGAAAGGAAUAGAGCAAACCACUAACAAAAAGAAGAAAAAGAUUCGUCUUCCGCAGAUUUCCGUUGGUGCUGCAGAGCAAAAUUUAUCUGAUGUGCACCUAAACAAUGAUGUAUAUAAUCCAACAAGUGACCCAGUACAGAGACAUGCAUCUUCUAGCAUGGGAAGAGAAGCUCCUCAAGAUAACUUUCGCCAGCACCCUGAAGCACAGAGCACAAAUCUGUGGCUGGAUUUGUCUCAGCCAUCUAGUGUUGGUGUCCACACUAAUCUUCUCGCCAACAAUUUUCAGCUCCAACCUGUCCAAGCUAAUUCUUUCAGUCCAGGCAUUUACCAAAUUCAUCAUGCUACCACUACCAUUCCUCUUAACCAGCAAGGACACCUAAACAUGCUUCAACAAAUUGAACCUCAAAUCCACAGCUUAAGAAGACAACUUUUCUUAGGCUCUGCUGAAGGUUAAAUCAGCAUUUGCAAUGUUGCCCUGCCUUCUUUGCCUUGGUUAAUGGAUUGGACCUUGCACAUAAUAGAUUUUAACAUUUUGAACGAUGCUAAUUAGGAACGAAUAGAGAACGACGAUUCUUAAGCAGUCGUGGAUAAAACUAAUGACGACGACGACGACGACGAUGAUGAUGUGUUGUUUGGGUAUUCAAUGCUUAUAUAACUCUUAAGUAGAAGCUCUGACCCCUAAUCCCAAUCUUCCCAUGUCAAGCUCAGAUGCGUCAUCUCUGCAAGUUUUCUUUUGAAGUUCAGAACUCCGCAGAGUCAUUUUGUAUCAUAUUUCCCUUUUAGAUGUAUACAGCUUAGGCCUAUUGUUUUUAGUUGGAUGUGAAUUGUUAAAGAGAGGCAGGUGAGGUAAUUUAAGCCAUAGUGUACAGAGAAAAUUAGUCUAAUAAUUGAAUG